AAUCUCGAUAGGGGUGCGCGAGGACGAGGAGAAAAAACAGAGGAGGAAAAAAUAUCACCUUCUCUUCCUGCAUUCCCCUGCUCGAUCCCCGGCGAGGAAUUCGCCCCCGAAUCCAUCGAUUUGCUCAGUCCAGUCCGCCGAUCCGUGGAUCGAUUCGUGCGUGGGCUCUGUCCUCCCCGGGGUUCCGAUCUGGUCCUCGCCUCGCCGGAGGAGGAGCUGGAGGAGAUGAACGGCACCGGGGGCAGCCACCACCAGCAGCAGCACAGGCUCCGGCAGCAGCAGCAGCAGCAGGCGCUCCUGAUGCAGCAGGCGCUGCAGCAGCAGCAGCAGCAACAUCAGUACCAGUCCGGCGUCCUCGCCGCCGCGGCAGCCGCGGCCAUGACCCAGAUGGAACCUAUUUCCAAUGGCAAUCUUCCACCUGGCUUUGAUCCUUCCACUUGUCGCAGUGUGUAUGUUGGAAACGUGAACCCUAAUGUCACGGAGAGCCUUUUGAUUGAAGUUUUCCAGAGUGCUGGCCUUGUGGAAAGAUGCAAGCUCAUACGGAAAGAGAAGUCAUCCUUUGGGUUUGUGGACUACUAUGAUAGAAGGUCUGCUGCUCUAGCAAUCAUGACCCUUCAUGGCCGUCACAUAUAUGGACAAGCAAUCAAGGUGAACUGGGCAUACGCAAGUACACAGAGGGAGGAUACGUCGGGGCAUUUCCAUAUUUUUGUUGGUGAUUUAAGUUCUGAAGUGAAUGAUGCAACUCUUUAUGCCUGUUUCUCAGCAUAUCCUUCUUGUUCUGAUGCUCGAGUCAUGUGGGACAACAAAACUGGACGUUCCAGGGGUUAUGGUUUUGUCUCCUUCCGUAAUCAACAGGAAGCUGAAACUGCUAUAACUGAAAUGACUGGAAAAUGGCUUGGAAGCAGACAAAUAAGGUGCAAUUGGGCAACAAAGACCAAUUCAGAAGAGAAACCAGAAACUGACAAUCAUAAUGCAGUUGUACUAACAAAUGGUAGCUCCACCAAUUCAGCAACAGAUGCAAGCCAGGAUGCAGGAAGUAAAGAGAACCCAGAGAACAAUCCUGAUUGUACUACUGUAUAUGUUGGCAACCUUGGACAUGAGGUUAAUCGGGAUGAGCUUCACCGCCACUUCUAUAACUUGGGGGUCGGGGCAAUCGAGGAAAUCCGUGUUCAACAGGAUAAGGGGUUUGGAUUUGUGAGAUAUAGCACCCAUGGGGAAGCAGCAUUAGCUAUUCAGAUGGCCAAUGGAUUGGUAGUCCGUGGGAAAUCAAUUAAGUGCUCAUGGGGAAACAAGCCAACUCCACCUGGCACCACCUCCAAGCCCCUACCCCCUCCAGUUGCUUCAUACCAGCCUGCUGUAGCAAUGUCAGGUGUCCCACAAGGUUUCACAGCAGCCGAACUUCUUGCUUACCAGAGGCAGCUUGCCUUAAGCCAGGCUGCAGCAGGGCAGAUUGCUGGCCAGCAUGGUCUCGCGGGUCAGGUUUCUGCAGGUCUUCUUGCUGCUGCUGGUUCUCAGGCCCUCUACGAUGGCUACCCGAACCAGUCAUCAGCCCAGCAGCUUAUGUACUACAACUAGAGUUCAAGAGGACGGCGUUGGCCAUCGUCGCCCUGUUUUUUAUUUUGUGGUUCAUGUACUAUUUGUGUGAGAGUUCUUGAUCUCUUGUCGCCGCGGAAUUGUGUUACUAUCUUAUUACUGUACCAUUGACCAUUUUUCUUGUGAGAUUCAUUUGAGUAGUCACUUUAACAGAGUAAGAGAUGUAUUCUAUGUGACUUCGCGAUUGAUUAAUGUAAUGCUCCCCUGUGCA